CCUGAUUGCCGGCUGCUUCCACGAUGGGCUCCUGCUGUACGCCAUGGCCCUGAACGAGACCCUCAGCGAAGGCGGCACCAAGUACAACACCAGCCGCAUCCUGGAGAAGAUGAAGGGGCGCCGCUUCCAGGGUGUCACGGGCACCGUCAGCAUGGACGAGAACAACGACCGCGACACCGACUUUGACCUGUGGGCCAUGGCGGACGUGGAGAGCGGGGAGUACCAGGUGGUGGGGCACUACGUGGGGCCGGAGAAGCAGCUGAACUGGUUGGGGCCCAUCCACUGGGUGAAGGGGGCCCCUCCCUUGGACAACCCCCCCUGCUUCAACAAGGACGAUCCCUCCUGCAAUAAAAGUCCCCUGAACACCUUGGCGAUUGUGGCCCUGGGGGCCGGCAUCACCUUCAUCAUGUUUGGCGUCUCCAGCUUCCUCAUCUUCAGGAAGCUGAUGCUGGAGAAGGAGCUGGCCAGCAUGCUGUGGCGCAUCCGCUGGGACGAACUGCAGUUCGGGAGCUCCGAGCGCUACUACAAGGGGGCCGGCAGCCGGCUGACCCUCUCCCUGCGAGGGUCCAGCUACGGAUCGCUCAUGACGGCACACGGCAAGUACCAGAUCUUUGCCAACACUGGACUCUUCAAGGGGAACGUCGUGGCCAUCAAACAUGUCAAUAAGAAGCGCAUUGAGCUGACGCGGCAGGUGCUCUUUGAGCUCAAACACAUGCGGGACAUCCAGUUCAACCACCUGACCCGGUUCAUUGGGGCCUGCAUUGACCCUCCCAACAUCUGCAUCGUGACCGAAUACUGCCCUCGGGGUAGCUUGCAGGACAUUCUGGAGAACGAGAGCAUCAACCUGGACUGGGUCUUCCGCUACUCCCUCAUCAACGACAUCGUGAAGGGCAUGGCCUUCCUGCACAACAGCAUCAUCGGCUACCACGGCAGCCUCAAGUCGUCCAACUGCGUGGUGGACAGCCGCUUCGUGCUCAAGAUCACCGACUACGGCUUGGCCAGCUUCCGCCAGAGCAGCGAGAGCGAGGGCAACCAUGCCUUGUAUGCCAAGAAACUAUGGACGGCCCCAGAGCUGCUGCAAAGGGGGCAGCUGCUCCUCUCCCCGCUGGCGAUGCAGAAGGCCGAUGUCUACAGCUUCGGGAUCAUCCUGCAGGAGAUUGCGCUGCGCAAUGGGGCCUUCUACGUGGAGGGCAUGGACCUCAGCCCCAAGGAGAUUGUGCAGAAGGUGCGCAACGGCCAGCGGCCACACUUCCGGCCCUCCGUGGACCUGCGGCUGCACAGCGAGGAGCUGGCCCUCCUGAUGGAGCGCUGCUGGGCCCACGAGCCUGCUGACCGGCCCGACUUCGCCCAGAUCAAGAUCUUCAUCCGACGCUUCAACAAGGAAGGCAGCACSAGCAUCCUGGACAACCUGUUGUCGCGCAUGGAGCAGUACGCCAACAACCUGGAGAAGCUGGUGGAGGAGCGCACCCAAGCCUACCUGGAGGAGAAGCGCAAGGCCGAGAACCUCCUCUACCAGAUCCUGCCCCACUCUGUGGCCGAGCAGCUCAAGCGCGGAGAGACGGUCCAAGCGGAAGCCUUUGACUGCGUCACCAUCUACUUCAGUGACAUCGUGGGGUUCACCUCCCUCUCGGCAGAAAGCACCCCCAUGCAGGUGGUGACCCUCCUUAAUGACCUCUACACCUGCUUUGAUGCCAUCAUCGACAACUUUGACGUCUACAAGGUGGAGACCAUUGGGGAUGCCUACAUGGUGGUCUCAGGGCUGCCGGUCCGGAAUGGGAAGCUACAUGCGCAUGAGGUGGUGCGCAUGGCCCUGGCCCUCCUGGAGGCCGUCACCACCUUCCGCAUCCGGCACCGGCCGGGAGAACAGCUCCGCCUGCGGGUCGGCAUCCAUUCCGGACCCGUGUGCGCCGGGGUGGUGGGCCUCAAGAUGCCCCGCUACUGCCUCUUCGGAGAUACUGUCAACACCGCCUCCCGCAUGGAGUCCAACGGCGAGGCCCUGAGGAUCCACGUCUCCUCCUGCACCAAAGAGAUCCUGGACGAAUUCGGCUGCUUCGAGCUGGAACUGAGGGGGGACGUGGAGAUGAAGGGCAAGGGGAAGAUGCGGACGUACUGGCUGCUGGGGGAGAAGAACGUGGUGGUCAUCUGAGGCGGCCCCCACCCCCUCCCACCUGAGAGACCCCCCCAUUUGGGGCACAGAGCAGUGGCUCCACCCACUGAGCGCCUGCCGCCGCCGCCGUCACCAGGACUCCCUUUCCUUGGAGCACGAGCCCCCUCCCCAGCAACGAUAGCGAGAGCGCGCCAAACGCAAACGCCUUGGAGCAAUAACGCCCCCCCGCCAAGAGAGAGAGAGACGGACA